GGGAUUUAGUUAAUACUCUAGUGGAACUUAGAAUACUAAGCACUAGUAACUGAAGUAUUUUCACUAAAUCCUGGAAUUGUUCAUGGUUACCCACGCAGAUAAAAAUAAAAGUUCUUUCGAAUGCGACAAGCAAGCACUAAGCACAAGGCCAGUACUAGAUUUGCGAAGCUUAGAAGACUCUGCUCUUAAUGACUUAGAAGCUGACUUUAACCGUCAACGUUCCUUUUUAAAAUCUAGAAUUCAAGAGCUUGAAAAGGAAUUGUGUGUUUUAAGAAAAAAUAUUGUCUCCGAAAAAGUUUUUUCUUCCUCGUUAAACGAGGAGAUUCGGGAAUCGAAAGAGCAACUUUUAUUAUUAAAUGAAGACUGCAGACGUUAUAAAAAAAAGGCUUCUAAGUACGAGUCGCUUUAUUAUCAAGAACUUAAACGGCCAAUCACCAGUCCAGACUAUGAAAUAGUCAAUAACAGGAUUUAUGCAUUAAAAAAGCAAAUGGAAGAUUUGCAGCGCGAGAAUGAAUGGUGCAUGAAAAAAAACCAACAACUUUCCCUAAGAAUGAGCGAAUGUACCGAAGAGCACGCGUCUUUGACGGUAGAGAAAGAGUCUCUGGAGAAACGUUUAAAGCAAAUGACUUUCAACUACAAAGCAUCGGUGGGUUUUGCAGAAGAGCAUGAAGAUAAUAUCUCAAAACUCGAACUUCAAAUACAUUCGCUAUCUAGAGAUUUGCUUAAGGCUAAUGCAAAAAUUACUACUUAUAUAAAAGAGGAAGAACUUCAGGCAGCGCGUAUAGAGGAGUUUUACAAAGAGAAUCAAGAACUCAAAGUAAAACUGACAGCACUUGAAAAUGGAAGCGUUAAAAAAAGCUCUUUUGAAGUUUUGCUUCUGAAAUAUAACGAUCUCCAAAACGAAAUGGACUGCUUAUGCUGCGAAAGAGACGUUUUGAGAAAUAAACUUCGAUGUUUAGAAAGAAAGCACGAGCAACUGGAGGAAUCUGGCCUUAGAGACCGGCAGGAAAGUGCAGCUGCCAAUUUGCAGUUAAAUGAAAUGAACCGAAUUUCACGGGAUUUAAAGAAUCAUUUGGAAGAAUCCCAACAUUUAAAUGGAAGGUGUUGA